CUAUGUGUUGUCUUGUCUAAAUCUUAAGAAAAUAAGAUAAAUAUAAUCUUUGUCUAAGAUUAAAAUAAAAUUAUUUAUUCAGUUUUAUUUUUGUGAAAUGAGAUCAUUUGCUUCUGGCUGAUUGCAUUGAACUUGUCCGCAACUACGUCGGACCGCUUCAUUAAUCAGGGCAGUUCACACUAGCCAAAUCAGUUUUGGUGUUGUGAUAACUGUGGUUGCUGCAAAAUCUACUAGUUCAAUUCGGUUGUAAAUGUUAAUGCACUGACAAUAGAAAUACAUAUUUUCAAUCAAGCAAAAAACAACAUAUAAAUGAAAUAGCACUAAUCUAAAUACCAGUUAAUAAAACAAAAAAUAUAUCGGUAAGCCGACAAACCGACAAACCUACAAACCGACAAACCGGAGUUUACAUUGAUAACGCGUUGUAAUUAGGUAGUUACUAACCUACUUAUGCUUGCAAUCGACUGAAGAGAGCUGAUGCAUCGUGAAUUCAGAUACACUGGUGAAAAAUACAACGCGAUAGCAAAAAUGUCUCUCAAGAAAGAAACUCCCUCAGAUGUUUUAUUGCAUUUGGCUGCUUUACGUGGUGAUGACAUCACUUUGCGACGUGUUCUUGACAGUGGAAAAGUUCAUGUGGAUUGUAAAGAUGAGGAUGGUACGACACCACUGAUACUUUCUUCUGCUGGAGGCCAUACGCCUUGUGUAUUAGAAUUACUUGAGCAAGGCGCUGAUGCGAAUUCAAGACGUACUACUGGCACAACACCAUUAUUCUUUGCAGCUCAAGGCGGCUACUUGGACGUUAUAAAAAUUUUAGUAAAGGCAGGCGCAAGUGUGGACACACCAUCUGUGGACGGUGGCACACCAUUAUUUGUAGCAGCUCAAGGCGGUCAUGUGAAACUUGUAAAGGAACUUUUGGAUUGUGGUGCCAAUGUAAAUGCUUGUAUGAAAGAUCGAGCAACAUCAGUUUUUAUUGCCGCACAAAAUGGACACCGCACGGUAUUGUCAUUGUUACUAACAGCUGGAGCACAUGCCGAUAUGAAGCGCAUCGAUGGAGCAACUCCACUUUGGAUUGCAGCACAAAUGGGUCAUGAUCAUAUAUGCAAGGUGUUAUUGCAAAAUGGUGCAAAUAUAGAUGCAGUACGAUGUGAUGGAGCAACACCUCUAUUUAAGGCUGCACAUAAAGGGCAUGCGGCCGUUAUUACAGAACUACUGAAACAUCGUCCAAAUUUAGGUUUAUUACCAAACGGCGAAACAGCAUUACAUGCUGCUGCCAUGUUUGGACAUCUCACUGUGUGUAAGCAACUUAUAGCCGCCGGUAGUGAUAUACUUCAAAAGAAUCAGGAUGGCUUUACUGCAUUACAGGUAGCAAGGCAACAAAAAUAUACCUCAAUAUGUGAAUAUCUGCAGGAUCGAUUGCGAAUUAUCUUAGCACGCACCGCAGAGGCUAAGUCGUAGAGUUACACUAUCAGUUAAUAAGAAUAGAUAAUAAAUACAGAAAGAGAGAGUGAGAGAGAGAGAGAGAGAGAGAGAGAGAGAGAAAGAAAGAGUGAGAGAGAGGGAGAGUGAGAGAAAGAGAGAUGCAUGCAAUGGAGAACAAUCGUUCAUAUACAAUAAAUACUAAAAGGUCAGAUAAAGCACAAUUUAUUAUUAAAACGUCCCUAAAAGCAACAUAAAGGCUGCACGCGAAUGAAUUUCGAGUCCUAGCUUCUUAUAUUUAAAUUAAAUACAAGUCCAAAAUAUUAGCUUAACUCCAAUUCUAAUUCGAAUAUAUUACAUAUAAAUACAUCCGAGUAUAUAUAUAUAUAUUUUGAAAUAUCUUUUUAUUGACUUAUUUUAAAAUAGUAAUGCAUAUAAGCAAAUCGUAAGAGCUAAGAGCUGCGAUGAGUAUAUAAAAUCAAAUUUAAUAAAAUUAAAUUUUUUUCCCUUUAAUUCC